UACAAUUUUAACGACAAGCUCUUCUUUAAAAGAAAAGAUAAAAAAAAACCUCGAAAAUGCGUCGCAUCUAUUCCACGAACUUACUGAAGCAUGUCGGCAUCGAAGACGAUAUGAUAACGGAAGAAAAACGACUUCAAUGCCCGACCGUAGGCGCCGAACAACCGACCGAAUUUCCAGAAGUAAUCAUACAAACUGAAUUCUUAGAGUCCAGUCACUAUCACAUCGAGACCGCGCAGAAAUGGCUUGUGUUGAACGGCAAAAAUGGGCGACAACACAAAUUUCCACUACAAACUAUCUUGCCCAAAGUGCAAAUGACGCGUACGGUGCCAGCAAAGCAUCUGCCACGUGAUGUUGAAGUUGAUCGACGUCGACGACAAAACAGUAAACUGGAUUUAUUGCAAAUGUUGGAUGAGGCCGGUAUAACCAAUGCCGAUCUAAUGCCAACCGAAAUACUGUACUACAGCCUCUCCGAUAAUGUAUUUAAACACUUUUUACCUUUGAGUUUCUUCGAUGAUUCCGAUUAUGACACAAACUCGCCGGAGGCGUGGUUGAGUUUAGGCAAAGUAGAGGAUGGCAUAUAUCCACUGCCAGCAAAAGCUUUUCUGCCAUACAAGCAAAGCCUAUUCGACUACAGGUGGCAAUAUGUCGCCGUUAGCGCUUACAAGAAGGAAACAUCUAAAUGGACUGCGCUGAACUUGGAUGAUGAGAUGUUGUAUGAAAUACCAAGUAUACAAAUUAUGUUUCUUGCGGACAGUCCAAAAAUGUUUGUGCAACGCAUUCAAAAAGCGCUAAAUGAUCGUUGCAAUGCCGAGCGUGUGAUCAAAAUGGAGUCAAUCGUGGAUUGUGUGCUGAUGCAAGAUAUUGAAGAUCAGCGCUUUAUGCGCAACGAUCGCAUCGAUAAUCUACUACAGAAAGUAAUCGGCAGAGCCGAUGAUAAAUUUCAAUAUCAACUGCGCACCGAAGUCUAUCUUGUGUUCGAGCACUUAAUGGCAUGUUAUGAAUUCGAGAAAUUCGUCAAACUCAUGCCGAAAGAGUUUCCCACCUUUGAUGACAAUCUCAUUGCGAAUUCCUUGCCACGCGCCUUCAAAUCGGUGGCGAAUAUUAAUGAAGCGCGUAGCUGUAAGAACUUUCGUGUGAAUAUCAAAAAGUUACGUUACCUUUUAUUGCGCUCGACUAUAUUUUAUAUUGGCGCCGGCAUCGAGGCCAUGUGUAAUGUCGCCGUGCAGUGUCAGUAUAUUGAGACAUUAUCGAUAUUUUUGACCGGUUUUGUGAAGCCCGUAGCGCUGAAUGAUUUCCUACAGUCACAGCAGUCGAAUAGCAAUAAUGUGGCGACGUAUUUGAAGAAUUUUUGGCCACAAAAAAUAUCGUCCGGCAUAACAUUGGUACUGCGCGCACUCGGUAAAGGUUGGCUGGACAUCAGUCUCGAUAAAUGGAGCGUCUAUCAGAUGUGUAAGAUAUCACGUUUUAUAUUGCAAACGAAAUUUCGCAUGCAAGAAUCUAUGCAGGUGCUUUUGGAGAAAUCGAUCGAUACUUUUAGCGUAUAUUUAACGGAUCCAUGCUUGCAAUUCCUAAAACUACAAUCGGACUAUAAGUGGCACAAUAAUUACAUUGAAACGGAGUUUCCAUGUGAGAAACCCAUAUUCUUUCUAAUCAUCAGCAUAUCGGAGGCCAAGAAGGUGGUUUACUCAACCACACCGGAAGACUUUGCACCGCUGCUGACAGAUAUCUUCAAGAAGGCAUUGGAGAAGACUAGCGGUGUGCGUUGCAUUGAAGCUGAGACUUUGUUGAAUCUUAAAUUUGCACCCAAUCUAUAUAUAGAGACGGUUGAGCUUAUUGAGGAUUUAUUCAUACAAUGGAAUGAUCUACUGGGUCGUUGUUACAAUCAAGCCGUUCUACCGCUAAAUUCCUACGCACGCCUUUAUGAGCGCUUCAUCGAUUUCUAUCUGCUAAAUGUCAAUGAGUACAUGCGCGAAUACGAGUCGAUAAAACGUUCUUCAUCGGAGGUGAAGUAUGAUAUAUUGGAGCAUAAACGUCAGAAAGAGGAAUUACGUGAGAUCUUACCAGCGUUUAUUACGAUUGGCCCGUUUCUGAUUAAUGUGGAUCUAAUGAAACAGCUGAUGAUUAAGAAACACACGGAAAUUGUACGCAAACUCUUCGAAUACUAUAUACAACGUAUGUGGGAUAUAAAUGAGACCAUUUUGGAGCAAUGCUUAGGCAUAUAUCAGAAGAUUUCCGAUCGUCCGCAAAGCAUUGAACAUCUGUAUGAGAUACGCGACUUUGCCGCCACAGUGCCGGAUGUCGUCGAGCAGCUGCGUGCGGAUAUACAGAUUAUGUGGUUAGAAUAUGAAAUGCUAGACAGUUUCUUCUAUAACCUUAGUGAUACGCAAUUCGCUAUGAAAUGGGAGGUUUACGCCUGGCCGCAUACAAUUAUGCAGCGUUUGGGUACUUUGCGUGAGGAGCAAAAGAAUGAUAUCGAAGAGUUUCGACGCGUACAUUCCAGUGAGUGUAUUAGUUUUGAGGAACGUCUGGAGUCGCUGAACGAAGAGAUACAAGCCUUUUCGUUAAUAUUCGAUCCGAAUAAGGUGACCGAGACAGCGGUGGAGGUCAAAAAAACCUGGAAGCAAAUCCAAGAAUUGGAGAAACUCGGCAAAACACUACAGUAUCGUCAGAAACUUUUCGACCUAGAAGAUCUCUCAUUAGAAUUUCUCGAAAGUAUUAUAUCCGGUUUUACACCAUACCGUCAAUUGUGGCUAACUUGUUUGGACUUUCUGAAACUCGAAGAAGCAACCGUUGGCAAUCCACUAAUCAAUAUUGAUUUGGAAGAUGUUUGGAAUUCCAUUCAAGAUAUACGUAAAUCCUUAAAAGAAACGUUUAAUAUUUUCACCGAGAAGCCCGAAAUACAGGAUGUAGCAAAAUUCUACUUGGCCAAAUGUGAUGAUUUUGUGCCAGUCUGGCAAUGUAUCGAUUGGCUGAAGAAUGAACAUUGGCUAUACAUGCAUUGGCAAGAGCUCUCCACACGCAGUGGCAUGGAAAUUAAGUAUUCGGCUGCCAUGAAUUUUUCCUACCUUGUACGUAAAGGUAUAAUGGAGAACUUAAGUUUGGUACAUGAGAUUUCAUCCAAAGCUGAGUACGAAGCAAAUGAAUAUAGGCGACAACUGGAAGAAGAGGAACGUCGUAAAGAGCAAGAAUUACAAGAGCUAAUUAUGCGUAAAGCUCUGCGAAAAUGUCGUAGGGAUAUACUGUUAGAUGAACCUCAAGGCGAAGUGGAAAAGAAAGAAGGAGAGAAAGCUGAGAGCGUUCCCGCUGAUGAGGCUAUACCAUUUACACCUAUUUUGUGUAAAGUAUCCAAUAAGUCCGUCAAAGUAUUAAGGGUCUGCGCAUUCGAUGUGAUAAUGAACUCCGGAAUCACUGUCAUCUUGGAGUUCCUCAUACUUUACACGGAUUUCGUCCAAAACACUGAAAUCUACGUUAUCGUAUUAAUUUUCCUGCCGAGUAACUUGAAUAAACUCUGCAACAAUAUGGAAGUUAGAGCUAUAAAAAAAGCAGAUAAAAUGUUAAUUGAUAACAUAGCUUCUUUUAGCCUGAAUGAGAACAUAAGCUGCAGCGAUAUAGACAUGUCAGCAGAGGAGGUGUCGCCGGAAGUUAAAAAUACCAUAAUUUUUAAAGAAAAUACACGCGACUUAUCGGCCAAGUUCACCGAUAUAUCCUUGGAUGAAAGUUGCAUUGAUACCGUUGUAAUCGAAGAGAAUAUAAUUGAAAGUGAUACAUUAAAUGAUACAGCGCAAAAUAACGAGUCAGAAUUCACUGAAAAUAAAAAUGCGCCUGAGGUUAAUAAACUGUUUCAGACUGCAUUGUUGGAAUUAGGCCGGCGUUUGUGGAGUUCUUCAGCAGAAAAACAACACUACACUAAAGGUUGUUUGUGGUCGCCAGAUGGUACUUGUAUACUAACACCGGUGCAUUUAGAUGGCAUGCAUGUUAUUGAACUGCCAAGGGAUCUUUAUACAGCCUUUUCCACUAAAACCGUGUCAGCGAACCGUGAGUUAAGUAAACUUGAAACCGCCGUACAUGUAAAAGAAGGUGGUACGGUUUACGAUUAUGCGUGGUAUCCGUUUAUGAAUAGUAACGCACCGGAAACUUGUUGUUGGUUGGCGUCAAGACAACAUGAGCCCAUACAUAUGUGGGAUGCAUUUAACGGUGAGCUACGUUGUACUUAUCGCGGAUACGAUAAUGUCGAUGAAGUGGAAUCGGCAAUUGCUGUAACAUUUUCUAACGAUGGCGAGAAAGUAUACGGCGGCUAUAAGAAAUCCAUAAAAAUAUUUGAUACAAAUGUACCGGGUCGUGACUCGAGCUCGAUUUCAGUAAAACAAGCCAUCUCAUGUUUUGCGCUCACCACAGAUAACGAUAGGACAGUGACGACUGGCUCUUGGAAUGGAUAUAUAAAUCACUUCGACUUGCGUGCACCCAAAUUGGGCCCACUAUUUACGCUUGGCGGACAUACUGGUGGCAUAACGUGGUUACGUUAUGCAGUAUUAGCAAACGGUGAUAAUUGGUCACUAUUCAGUGGCGCACGUAAGGACAAUAAUAUAUUAGAAUGGGAUAUGCGCAACUAUUCCAGUCCAGUUAGAGAGUUUACACGAAAUGUUGCAACAAAUCAACGCAUCUAUUUCGACGUGUGUCCAUACGAUGAGCGUUGGCUAGUGAGUGGCGACACAUCUGGAUUUUUAUGUAUUUGGGACUUGGAGAACAAUUUGGAAGAAAAACUACCGUUACAUGGAGAUUGCUGCAAUGGUGCUAACUUUCAUCCCUCCUUACCCAUAUUGGCGACUACUUCAGGGCAACAUCACUUUGUGGAUAUGACAGAAGAUGAAAUUGCAACAAAAUGUAUAAAUACAGAUUUAAAUGAAGAAGAUAUAACUAUAGAUUAUGAAAAUGCGCUGAUGCUGUGGUGGAUUGGUAAGAAUAAUGUUGAUGAUAAUGAUUCUGAUUUAGCAUAAUGGAAUUAUUAUCAAAUUUUCAAUAAUGCAUCCAUUUCUAUUUUGUAAACAUUUAAAUA